GCUGUCUUCCACGACGACCACGACCAUGCACGCGACGUCCUCAAAUCAUCUCCUGCGCUCGUUUAUUUCUUCGCCCGCACGAUGCGUGCGUAGUGUGCCGUCGCUUGCGUGGAGGCAGUCGUCGUCGCAAGCUGCUGCCCCGGUGUCGUCAUUGUCAUCUGCUCGUCCCCCAUCUUACCGAGCAGGGCAUGCACCACGCCGGACGUUCGUGUCGACAUCCUCUGCACGCGCUGUACACGCACAACAACCCCCAGCACACCGUGCGGAACUCGUCUCGUACCCUUCACCCUCAUCACUACAACAAGAGGACGCGGACGAGGACGAGCCGGAUGUCGAGUUCAUACCGCCAGAGGAGGCGGCCUUGGAGUUGACUGAUAGGGCUGCUGAGCGAUUACGAGAUGUCGCUCAACGAGAAGGAAACACUGCAGCCGCUCUACGGAUCGCAGUAGAGAGCGGGGGGUGCCAUGGGUACCAGUACAAGAUCGACCUUGCGAAGAGCAAGGAGCUGGACGACUACCACUUCUCCCAUCCCCGUAUCAAGCCUUCGAAUGUCUAUGUCGACGCCGUGUCCAUGACGCUGCUGAAAGGCUCGACGAUAGACUUCGCCACAGAGCUUAUUGGGAGCAGUUUCAGGGUGGUGGAUAAUCCACAGGCGAAGGGCAAUGGCUGCGGCUGCGGCGUCAGCUGGGAGCUCAACCUUUGAGACGCUCUUAGGCCAUCUAGGCGAGCGCAUGGCUCGCAUGGCUUACGGACAGAUCUAGAAGAUGACAGUAUGCGUACAUGUACCAGGUAUAAUACACCCACACCACCUUACUCUACACACAUUGC